UGAGAUACAGUGUUUGGUUUGGUUUGACAAGUUUCCCAGCACGAUCAUGAAGACUGGACUGAGUAGUUAGGAACACUUCACUUAAAAGUUGGAAUUAACCAUCUAUCUGUUUCAUGCAGAUGUGGAAUCUGACUCUUUAUCAGAUGCAGGGACGUUAAUAACUACCGGUUUUUCCCUCUCAUUGAUCCGACAGCAAGUCAAGUUUACACUGAGGAGCAGAUACAAGAGUGAAGAUGAAUCGCCUAUCUUUUGACGAUCCCUCGUUGGAUAAUCUGGAUGCAACAUUAUCGCUCAAUGACCCCAGCGAUAUUGAUACAGCCCUUUUAAGCGACAUUGAUGACAUGCUCCAGCUUAUCAACAAUCAAGACAUGGAGUUUGGUGGACUGUUUGAUCCCAGUUCCUAUUCGGGGGGCCCUACCACCCAAGAGGUUCCUGCUUUGUCCCAACCCAUCGUCUUAGCUUCACCUCCAGCCGCAAAUACCACACCUACUUCUUCAUCUACUUCUUCAAUCCUAAGCAGUAACCCCCAUCUGGAUGCUCUCCUGGGCCCUCCCAUCACCCGUAGCUCCUCCACCCCAGACAAGGCCUUCCAGCCGCCCACCUUCCAGCAGUCUCCCCUGGCCCAAGUAGCCCCUAGUUCUACGCAGAAACCGCAGCCUUCCUCCCCACAGCAGGCUCAGAGUGUCAGACAGCCCCAGGUGGAACAGCCCCAACCCAUCGUCAGUACGGCUACCCCUACCCAAGCGUCCUCUCCUGGACCAAAUCCAGCAUUCAGCCCUCUGCCGCAGCAGCUGUUCAGCCCUCCUGGACCCCAGACCCCAGCUCAGCCCCAGACACAGCCUCAGUCACGGAACAACUUCAAGAGUCAAACUAUAUACACAGUUGGGAGUCCCAGUACUGUGAGCGCACCUGCCACCAGUUUGUCAUCCUCACCUCCGACUGUCCAGCCAGUUGCCAUUCAGGCUCAGCUUCAUGGGCUGACCACCGCCUCUCCUAUCCUGACCACCGCCUCUCCUAUCCUGACCACCGCCUCUCCUAUCCUGACCACCGCCUCUCCUAUCCUGACCACCGCCUCUCCUAUCCUGACCACAUCAACAAGCCCUCCAGUUCAAGCCAUCGCACCUCACGUACAGCAAGUUCCCGUGCUUUUGCAGCCCCAGUUCAUCAAGGCCGAGUCCCUCCUCCUCACAACUCUAAAGCCCGACCCGUGUAUGGUUACGACUAUGGCCUCUCCCACAUCCCUGGCCACCACGACCACCGCAGUACAGAGCACUUCACUGCAGGCCUUUAUGGGCGGGGGCACCAUCCUGACCACAGUACCAGUGAUGGUGGAUGCUGAUAAGUUGCCUAUCAACCGCAUCGCUAUCACUGGUAAGACCAUGGGGCAACCAUAUAAAGGAGAGAAGCGCACAGCUCACAACGCCAUCGAGAAGCGUUAUCGCUCUUCCAUCAAUGAUAAAAUUGUGGAGCUUAAAGACCUGGUGGCUGGCACCGAGGCCAAGCUCAACAAGUCUGCAGUGCUGAGAAAAGCAAUUGACUACAUCCGUUACCUGCAGCAAGCUAACCAGAAACUCAAACAAGAGAACGUGGCCCUUAAAAUGGCAGCUCAGAAAAACAAGACUCUCAAGGACCUGGUUGCCAUGGAGGUAGAUGGACCCACGGAGGUGAAGAAUGAACUGCCCACCCCCCCAGCCUCCGAUGUGGGCUCCCCGACCUCUUACUCACACUGUAGCAGCGACUCGGAGCCCGAUAGUCCAAUGGUGGAGGACAUGAAGCCAACUAUAGGCACGUCGGACGGAUCUGAAGCAGGUGGAAGUGCUGGCGGCAUGUUGGAUCGUUCCCGCAUGGCGUUGUGUGCCUUCACCUUCCUCUUCGUCUCCCUCAACCCUCUGGCUUCUCUGCUCUGCUCUGGUAGCGGCUCUGCAGGCGGGGCUGGAGACGUCCCCCGUCACGCAGGCAGGAACGUCCUGGGUGUGGAUGCAGAAGCUGAAUCGUGGGGCUGGAUGGACUGGAUGCUUCCAACUAUACUGGUGUGGCUGCUGAAUGGUGUUUUGGUAUCCGGGGUUCUGAUUCGACUGCUGGUCUAUGGAGAACCUGUAACCAGACCACACUCUGGAUCAUCUGUCUUGUUCUGGAGACACCGCAAACAGGCUGAUCUGGACCUUGCUAGAGGAGAUUUUGCUCAGGCCAUCCACAACCUACGGACUUGUCUGAAGGCUCUCGGCCGUCCUUUGCCAACCUCCCAGUUGGACCUAGCCUGUGCAGCACUCUGGUGUUUUGUAAGGUUCUGCCUCCAAAGGCUUUGGGUUGGCCGCUGGUUGGCUGCCAGGGCCGGUGGGCUGCGAUCUGACCGCCCCCUGCAGGAGGAUGCAUGCAAGAGCAGCCGUGACGCAGCCCUGGUUUACCAUCGCCUUCAUCAGCUACACAUGACAGGUAAACUGACUGGGAACCACCUGUCAGCGGUGCACAUGGCUUUAAGUGGUGUGAACUUGGCUGAGUGUGCUGGAUCGUGUCUGCCUGUAGCCUCUCUGGCUGAAGUUUACGUUUCUGCAGCUCUUCGAGUUAAAGCCAGCUUGCCAAGGGUCUUGCAUUUCACCUCUCGAGUGUUCCUGAGCAGUGCCCGGCAGGCGUGCCUGUCCUCCAGCGGCAGCGUUCCUCCAGCCAUGCAGUGGCUUUGUCAUCCACUUGGCCACCGCUUCUUUGUGGACGGGGACUGGGCUAUUCGCAGCACACCGAAAGAGAGCAUCUACAGCCAGGCUGGCAACACGGUGGAUCCCCUGGCCCAGGUGACUCAGGCGUUCAGAGAACACCUCCUGGAAAAGGCUCUGUACUGUGUCGCGCAGCCCCAGGGGGAGAAGAGUCCCAGCCAGGGCAAGGGGGAAUACGCCGACGCCUUGGAGUACCUCCAGCUGCUGAUCAGCGCUUCGGAUGCAGCUGGUGCCACUUCCCAGUCCUUCGCGAUUGGAUCCAACAUGGCUACAGUGACUGGUUGUGACCCUCACUCCAAGUGGUGGUCCUCUGUUGCCGUUGUCAUCAUCAACUGGCUCCAAGGCGAUGAUGCUGCUGCGGAGAGGCUCUAUCCAACAGUUGAGCACCUGCCUCGAAGUCUGCAGAAUUCAGAGAGUCUUCUUCCCAAAGCUUGUCUGAACACAUUCAGGGCAGUCAGGACUCUUCUCUCAAAGCCAGAAAACUGCCAGCUGAAUCUGAGCUACGUUGACAAGGCCAGCACCCUCCUCCGAGACAGUCUCAACCUUGGACCACACUGCCAUAACUCCAGUUUAGACAAGGUUGUGGAAUUGUUGGUUUGUGAUCUACUUUUGGUUAUGCGGACCAAUAUCUGGCAUGUGCAGCAACAAGGGACGAGUCCUGCUGGGCCGGGGACGGUGGGUCCUAGCAGCCCUGCAGGUCUUCAUCAGGCCUCUCCACCAGAACUCCAGGGCUUUCAGCAAGACCUGAGCUCCCUACGAAAGCUGGCACACACCUUCAAACCUGCAAUGAGAAGAUUGUUCCUCCAUGAAGCUACAGCCAGGCUGAUGGCGGGGGCCAGUCCAACCAGAACCCAUCAGCUUCUGGAUCGCUCACUGCGACGCAGAGCAACACCUGGAGCUAAGACAGAGGAGUGUGAGACACGACCUGGCCAGCGGGAGCAGGCAGAGGCUGUGAUGCUGGCGUGCCGCUACCUUCCUCCCUCCUUCCUUUCGGCUCCGGGCCAAAGGAUGGGCAUGCUGGCCGACGCAGCCCGCACGCUGGAGAAACUGGGAGACAAGAGAACCCUCCACGACUGCCAGCAAAUGAUCAUAAAACUGGGCAGCGGCACCACCGUCACCAACAGCUAGACCGAUGAGAAGGGGGGGAGGGGCUGAAAGACUUCAAUGGACGCUGUAUAUAAAAACAUCUCUGACAGUCAAAAUCUCAUGCGAAGAGACGGUAAACAAAUGUUUCCACAGUCACAGAACCAUAUAGAGUAAUUCGGGCAUAUAACUGUACAUAUUCACAUCCAGUUGGAUCUUUUUAAUGGAUCAUCCCUCUUACAACCCAAAAUCCAAAUCAGAAAGCACUUGUAAGGUCCACAUUUUGAACAAAAAAUUGAAAGGUUUUUUCUCUUGUUUUGCUCUUGCCAAUCCGGACCCCUUUUCUGAAAACAAUUGCAGUGUCACACUUUGACCACAGAGAGGUGCUGCCCACAUCCGUGAGGUGGAUGUUUAGCCAUGAAGUGCGAGUGAGAAGAGCAUAAAAGAGAGAUUUGCCCUGCAUUCUCUUAGGGUAGUCCCACCCCCACCCGGUCUGUCUAGCAGAAACGCACUUCCUUCAGGCAGGAGGGCUCGGUGCGUGGGAGUGACGGACCGCGCUGAUUGGCUGCAAGGUGAACAGCCUCUUUGUUUUUGAGAGAAAACGACCAGACUCUUUGGUCUGACCAUAGGUAGGUACAUUGGGAAGCCUCUCGACAUGCUGUUGGAAUAAUGUUUCUUUGGUGAUUUUAAUACACAAGGAGACCAUCUGCCCAAACCUGCGUUUCUAUCUGCACUAGGCCUGUAAGGCUGCUUUCACUGAGAUAAAGAAGAUGGCUUUAUGAAGUUAUUUUCAUAAAGGUUCUUAUACUUAUUUGUUUUGCUGUGUACAUAUUUUAAAAUGUAUUUAUAAUCUAUAAACACUUUGAUUACGCAGUAUUUUGCAUAAGCAGAGUGAUAAAUGCUUAUUUUCUCCCCUCAGUUCUGUUGAAUGUGGUAACCUUAGAGCAGUUUUGUUACUGUACCGCAGCAGAUGAGCAUCGAAACGGUAGCAUAUUAGGUCAUCAGUGAAGUCGGAGUCAGUUGACCUUCGGAGCUGUUGGACACGUAUACAGCAAUGAUAUGAAAGCACUUAGCAGUUCCUGAUUCUGGUAUUGCUCAAACCACGACACAAACCGCUGAAGAACGUUACAUUACUGAUCCCUUUUCUUCUUUUUUUUCUUUUUGAAUGGAUUGAACAUGUUUUUCCAAAGAGAGUCCAACAUGAGUUUAUUUUCAAUUUUUCUUUUAACUCCAUCAUCGCGAGCAACACUUGCUCUUUCAGUCAUUAUUGUGUCAUAUCUCUGGAGAACCACCUUCCCACACUUUUUUUUUUUUUUUAAAAAGGUGGACAAAAUAAAAUGAAAAGAAAAAGUUUGGCAUGUGUGUUUGUCCCCGGACCAGUAUGUUUUUAUAGUGUGAGACUAAUGUAAACCCAGGAAAAAGUUGGAAUUGAGACGAUCGUGAAGCAGCUGUGUCUGAAGAUGUUGGUCAUGUGUCCUGUCAUCCUCUGAUCGCUCCCUCGUUCUUUGGUUUCAUCCUUCUUUCAUGUAAAUAUUAAAUCAUUUUUUUAAAGAA